AUGGUAUUCAAACUGAAGUCGGGAACAAAGACGCAUAGCAGCAUGCCUGUCCCUGAGUUCUAUAUCCAUGGGAAAUUAGCCGGAACUGCAUUUGCAGAUGUGUACACAACACACCGCAUUGCCAAGCACAGCCAUAAUCAUUUGUUGCUGUAUAAUCGCGGGUCUCCUGCUACUGGUUCUACUACUCCGAUGCAGAAUGCCCCGUUGAACAAAAACAGCCUAUCUUGCGCACAAAGCGGUAGAUUCUUCAACAGUUCGUUGGUUCAAAAUCUCAGUGACGAAUCCUUUUGCAAGCUAGUCGUAGAUAAUCUCAGUACUAUAUCCACCGGUACCUUAGUGAUGAGUGAUUCACCGUCAAUGAGAAGUUGCAUUCGACGUCGACAAAGAAACUACCGACGAAACAAGGGACAAAAGUUUUGGUACUGCAGUGACACAACCAACUCGAGAAAUAAUGAUUACAAGCGUGUAAAUAAUGGUAAUGGAGCUUCCAUUACAAAACUUCGGACUGCAAAUAUUCCGUCUCCAAAUUUAUUUUCAUGGUCUGAGCCAUUACAGUCGAGCGAGCCGGUUGGUCAAGCCCUUUUGGACUCCACAAUAACACACUGGAGUCGUUCGAAUGCAUUUCGUAAGGCACAGGUCUAUGCGGACCAAGUGGAGGAGCAAAAGCGCCAAAGAGCUCACGAAUAUACCAGUGCACAUGUUACUUCCAGUCCUGCUCCCUGUAGAUCGAAAUUCACUGAAACUGAUACGCCUCGUUCACACCUUGCGGUCGGCUACCUUGAGUACUACAAACGCCAGGGAAAGGUUCAAUCAGAGACAAGCAGUUUGACACGCAGUCCAACCGGUUCGGCUAAACGUAAUCCGACUUUGCGCGAAAUCAACCGGCUAACUGGAGGACUCCGCAAGCCCUCACCGGUGGACAGUCCAGCUCGUAAAGACUCAACACAGAGCAACCGUGUAACCCGAUCUCCAGCUGAAACAAGCUCCACCAAGCCGGAUUCACUGACCAUGUCCAAUGCGUCAUUCAGCUCACAAAGUGUUUUGUACACAGGACCAAGAAGUCGCUUGCUCUCACUGGAGUCCGAACGUGUCUCCGCAACAGACGAAGUGGGUUCAACAAAUGCCGAACGUCGUCCAUUAUUUUCAUGUGGAUCUUUCUCCGAGCUCCAAUGGCAGUCGGCUGAGAAUCUGAAAACAAAAGAGUCCCCACCCAGCGCACUUUCCGACACUCAAACAAGUCUACAUCAACGGACAAACAGCAAAACAGGGUCUUUCUAUCCGAACCUACAGGCGAUCAGAAGACCAACAGUGUGUUUGUUUAGUGCGCGAAAACGGCCACAUCGUAAAGGUCAUCAACGACGUAGCCAUGUUCGCGACCUUCACUUGGGUCUCACUCACAAUCAGCAUGGAUCACCCAGAUCAGCAGCUACACUUACGCCCGUCAGUACGGGUUCAACACUGAGUCCUCCGCAGGCAGGCAUUGAUCUGCCUGACGUGUAUCUAUAUCCCCCUUCAAUGAGCAGUAUUCACUCUGCACGUGGAAGUUUGCUGGUAGCUCAAUAUCGCGAUGAUCCAAACAUGUACUCAGAACGGUUUCCGAAUUCCCAUUCCUAUGCUUCAAUGAGAGAUGAUGAGCUAGUGUCUAAUGGAUAUGGAAACAGCUAUUUUGAUGGAAUGACGUCGAAUGGAGUGCACCCUGUACAAAAAACACAAUCCACAAUUCUUUCAGACAACCUGGGAGCAGAGAAUGCACAAUCAACUGCGUUAUCGUAUUCCCGAACAAGUUCACUUGGCCUGACCACAAAGGAUUUUAUGCCGCAGGCCUCGGCAUUUCCCAAGAACUCAUCAUUUGACUUCGGUCCCCAAACCCCAAGAGAUCGAACCCACAGACGGUUGUCACCAAAAGAACUAGAGCCACCUCUAGGAUUCAACACCCUAAAACGUGCAAUCAGUUUGAACUUGAGGCCGAAAAGCCCAAAAAGUUUAGGUGCGGAACUUCAGUCUAUCUUCGACAAACAUUAUGAAAUGACGGGCAUACGAAUGUUGACGGUCGGACCGACAAACCCACCACGAUCAAGUUUGGAUUCGCACUCAGGAGGGCCUGAUUUUUCAAUCCGCAACAAGCUUGAGAAACGAAGACAAAGUUGCAGUGUCGCCUUGGAAGAUGUCAAUCUCCGACUGACCAGUGGCAUGAAAGCAGCUAUCAGUGCUCUUCAUUUGGACUGUCUCUGUUCAGACGAACUUGUGACGAAAAAGAGCACGCCUUCUGUACUUUCUUCUCUAGCCACUGCGACGCUCCCAUGCAUGGCUCCACUACGCUCCCACAUUCCUUCAGUCACAACUUCAGCUGUCUUGCAAAAGAACCUCAAGGGAGCAAGCUCCCCAAUGCGUCGAUCAAGUACCAUAAUCCCCAAAGACGUGUCCUCACUAACAAAGGACAAACAGAGUACUGGUUCAACACACAUGAAUGUCCAACAGCCCACUAUGAGAUCGAUUAAAAGCAGCACAAAUCUGCAUGAAGUAGGCGCAGUCCCCGAGAUUCCUUCGACCUCAACAUCACAAAGGAGAGAUUCAGCUGAGUUCCAGAACACGAAGUUGACGGAAACUCGAGAACUGCGCCUACCCGAUGAGCCCCAGGAAGAGCGAAACCAGUUGUGGGCUACCGACGAAUUUUCAGUAACCUUAUGA